AUGAAUUUUGAAAAAAUUCAGUUUUUAAAAAGUUUUGACCUUCAUCCGUCUGAACAAUUAACAAAUGAAACUCCUAUGAGUAUCUACGUUGAACCCAUUGUUCUCUUGGAAAGACUGAAUUUGCCAUUGAACAAAAUUUGCAAAAUUAUCAGAGAACCAUCGUCAUCAUCAAUACCCUCUCCAUCAAUACCCUCUCCAUCAAUACCCUCUCCAUCAGCAUCAGCAUCAGCAUCAACAUCAACAUCAACAUCAACAUUACCAUCAUUAUCAUUACAGCCAACAUCAAAUACUGAUUGCCAAAAAAAUAUUUAUCAUGCACCCACCAAACUUUUUUAUGCAAUAUUUUCAUUUGGUAACCAAAUAAGUUUGGAAAAAUAUAAGACUGUUUUAAAUGAAAACAUUAUAUGUGAAAAUCACCUUUAUAAGUGUAUUUUACAUAAUGGCAGUUGCCACGAAAAGACGGGGAAAAGUUCCCAUAGGAAAAUUAAAAAAGGCCAGCAAGAAAUUUUGGACGAAAUGGAGAUUGAUGAUCAUGUUUUUACACAGGCAGCAACAUUUCCUCGCACUCAUGAUACAACCAAUUUGACUGAUGAGACAAGCAAAAACAAUAUGCUUUUGGAAAGAGGUCCAUCAAGAGAGCUGUUUAGAAUAAAUUCGAUUUUACUCAGGAAUAGAGCUGCAAACGAAGAACAUGCAGAUGAUGAAAAUUUAGCUGAAGCUUAUGUACUGGAAAUAAUGCUGCAUAAAAAAUGUGAAAAAUUGCGAAAAGAUUUACUAGCGGCUGGAUUUGAUUAUGUUUCAUCAUGGAAUUGCAAUCACACUGGCCCAUUUACUGACAGGAUUAAGGCCUUUGAUACCAUGAUUGUUCCCAAGGGUCAUAAACAUAGUUUGAUUCUUAAAGAUCUAGAAUAUGUUUCUAUGGUUUUUACACAUAUUAUUGAUCAAGCUGUUACAAAACGUAACCUUACUGGGAAUAGCAAUCGAGGGCGGCCACGUAGGCGUGGAGUGGCAAGUAAUCGAAGGCAUUGGCACCGAAGAAAUGUUUCCCGCAAUGAGCCUAUGGAAGAGCAAAAUGGAGAUGAAAAUAUUCUCACCCAGCUUGGUGAGAAAGCAGCUUUCUGUCAGCAUGUUUCAGAUAACCUAUUUUCUUACUCUUCGAUAUCACCAAAUUUAUGCGAAGAUUGUGGCUCUUUGAACUUUGAGCGUGAAAAGUUAUCGAAUGGAAAGUAUAAUAUUUGUUGCAAAAGUGGCAAAAUUCACAUUCCAGUGCCAGAAUGUCCUACUUUUCUACGAGAAUUGUUACAGGGUAGGAUUCAGUAUUCAGAAAACUUUUUAGAGAAUAUACGACAGUAUAACAGCGCCUUCUCUUUUGUGACUUUCGGUGGUAAAUACGAGCCUCCACCAGGGCAUGGCCCAUUUUUUUAUCGAAUUUCUGGAACCACAUACCAUUUGAUUAGUUCUCUGGAAGCAAGGAAUUUAGGUGGCCAGCUUUACUUUCUUGAUAUUGAAGAAGCAAAUAUUCAACGACAACAACAUCCUGCUAAUAGCUCUCUAUCUCAAGUGCUGCUAAACCAUAUUGGAAACAACCUUUUGGUACUCAAUCCGUAUGUAACAAGCUACAAAAAUAUGCACUACAUACAACUUCGAGAAAAUUUAGAUGCGCAGGCGAAUAACAGGACACCAAAACGUUUCGGUAUCGAAUUUUUCAAUGAACCAAAUGAUGAUCUUCGGCGAAUGAACUUACCCACUGUGUCGGAAAUCGCAGCGGUUUUUGAAACAGAUGACGGAUGUCCUCCUACUUUUCGAAGUUUGAAAAUAUAUCCUACUGCCACAGAUAGUCCUAAAUAUUUGAGUUAUUAUAGUCCUCAUUUAGACCCAAUGUGUUAUCCUUUGAUAUGGCCAAAAGGAGAAUUAGGUUGGAGAAUCGGAUUGCAACAUCGAAAUGGUACAGCUAGAAGAAAUACGAUUUCACAACGUCAAUAUUAUGCACAUCGAAUAAUGAAAAGGCCAGGGCAUUUCAGUGCUGUCAUUCAUUGCAGAAAACUCUUUCAACAGGUUGUAGUUGACUUUUAUUGCAGAAUAGAAGCCGGCAGAUUGUUAUACGUGAGAAAACAUCAAAAAGAGUUGAGAGCAGAUACAUACUCAGGCUUGAUGGAGGCUCUACAUAAUGCAGCUGAAGGUGAAGGUAUAAGAGCUGGUAAGGCUGUAAUAUUACCAUCAACUUUCGAUGGCAGCCCAAGAAAUAUGAUGAUGCGUUACCAAAAUGCUAUGGCAGUCGUUAGAAAAUUUGGUAAGCCUGAUUAUUUUCUGACAAUGACUUGCAAUCCAAAGUGGCCUGAUUUUGAUCAAGUUCUUGAAACUUAUGAUAAAAUUGAACACAGACCUGAUCUAAUAGUCAGAGUCUUUCAUUGUAAAGUUGUCGAACUAAGAGACAUGAUUGUUGAACAGAAGAUUUUCGGAUCUGUUACAAAUUUGGUUUAUGUGAUUGAAUUCCAAAAACGUGGUCUUCCGCAUGUUCAUAUGCUUUUGGGUGUUGAUGAUCCAUUCAAACCAAGUGACAUUGAACGAAUUGAUCGUGUCGUGUCGGCUGAAAUUCCCAAUCCAACAGAUAAUAAACUGCUAUAUGAUUUGGUAAAAAAAUUCAUGAUUCAUGGUCCAUGUGUCAAUUAUAAUUCCAAUAGUCCCUGUAUAUCGUCUGAUGGAACCUGUUCAAAAGGCUUCCCAAAGACAAUGAACGAAGAAACAUCUAUUGAAAGAAGUGGUUUUCCUGCUUAUCGAAGACGGAAUCAAGGACGGACCAUUCAAAUGUCAAAUGCAGUCCGCCAAAUUGAUAUUGAUAAUUCAUUUAUUGUCCCUUAUAACGUGCUUCUUCUCAAAUAUUUUAGAUGUCACAUAAACGUCGAAAUUUGUGCUACCAUCAAUUCAUUGAAGUAUCUUUACAAAUAUUUAUUCAAAGGCUAUGACCAAACAAAUUUACGAGUUGUUGAGACAAGUUCCAGUGAUGCUUCAGUUUUAAAUUAUGAUGAAACUGCAAACUUUCAGAAUUCAAGAUUCGUAGGUGCUACUGAAGCAGCGCACCGGAUUCUGGGUAUUCCUAUGCACUUCAAUUUACAUACAGUAGUUGAUUUACCCGUUCAUCUUCCUUCUGAAAACUUCAUAACGUUUACAGAAGCAGCAAUCGAUAUUGCUUCAAUUCAACGAUUAAAAUCCACGAAAUUGACAGCUUGGUUUAAGGUAAAUAGAGAGGAGGGUUGCCAAGAACUUUAUCAAGAUAUGCCAACGAAAUAUGUUAUCGUCAAACAAAGAGUAACAGGUGACCCUGAUGCUCCUAAAGAAUUUGUAUGGAAAAAGAGAGUUAACCACAAAGAAAAUGUAAUUGGUCGGUUGCAUGCAGUAUCACCGAAAGAUCGAGAAAGAUUUUCGUUGAGAUUGAUACUUCUAAGAGCAAGAGGGGCGAAAAGUCCAGAAGAUCUGCGAACCUACAAUAAUAUCGUAUACCCGACUUUUGUUGAUGCUGCAAAAGCGAGAGGCUUAAUAUCCAAUGAUGAUGAAUGGUAUUGUUGUUUAUCUGAACUUGAGCCUAUUGCGUUCCCAUGCCAACUCCGAGAAACAUUCGUAUAUAUUUUAAUCUUCGCGAAUCCAAGCAAUGCAUUGCAACUAUUCGAACGUUUCUUUGAAAGCUUAGCUGAAGAUUUUCUAAGGAAUCAAACUCUCGAAAACGCACGUCAAUCUACAUUGAUCGCAAUCCAAUCUAUUUUAACGACACAUCAAAAAAACGUUGCCGAUUUCGGACUUCCUGAAAUCAGUAUGAAUAUAGAUUUUGAUAUUGUUAUUACAAAUGACGAAAGAUCGAGAUCUCUUGAUAAUGCUAAUUAUUCUCUAAGAAUGGCAAAUGCUGAACAAAAAAUUAUAAUCGAAAGUAUUAUGAAAUCCGUGCAUGAUGACGGAACAGAGCAACGUCUUUUUUUCCUUGAUGGAUCUGGAGGUACUGGAAAAACAUGGAUUUACAAUUGUCUCAUCGAUUUUAUUGUAGGUAGUGGUUUAACCGUUGUACCCGUAGCUUGGACAGGUAUAGCUGCAACUCUUUUGAAAAAUGGAAGAACAGCACAUACAAAAUUUGGUCUACCUCUCAGUUUCAAUGAAACCUCAGUGUCUAGCAUUAAAUAUCAGAGCAAAGAAGCUGAGCAACUUAGAAAAGCGAAAAUCAUAAUUUGGGAUGAAGCGUCUAUGAUCCCUUCAAGAGCAUUGAUAAUUGUCGAUGAAUUACUGCGAGAUUUGACUAGAUCUAGCUUACCUUUUGGAGGUAAAGUUUUAGUUUUAGGUGGUGAUUUCAAACAAAUUCUUCCAGUUGUUAAGAACGGUAACAAAACAGCCAUGAUAAAUAAUUGUAUCAAAAAAUCUCAUCUUUGGCCACUUUUCAAAGUUUACAAAUUAACCCAUAAUAUGAGAGUUGGUCAAGGUAAUGAUUCUUUUGUCAGAUUUUUAUCGAAGAUAGGAGAUGGUACUUAUCCUUUUCUGCCUGCUACUGAUUGCGUUGCAAUACCAAACGAGUUUAUUUUGUCGAAUGAUAUUGAUAUUGUAACUGCUGUAUUUGGAGCAGAAAUCAAUACAGAUAUAGUAAAUAAUCCAUUAUGUUUUGCAGAUAAAUCAAUAUUAUGCACAAAGAAUAUUCACUGUGAUGAACUUAAUAAUCGCAUAAUUUCAAUGAUCGAUGGCGAAGAAAAAACAUACUUAAGCACAAAUUGUCUUUGUGAUGAAGAUCUAGAAAAUCGUUGGGACACGCCAACAGAAUUUUUAGAUAGUCUUGAAAUUCCAGCUCUUCCUUUACAUGAGUUGAAGCUUAAAAAAGGUGCAAUCGUUAUGCUUCUCAGAAAUUUAAAUCUCAAUGCAGGUUUGACAAAUGGUACAAGAUUAGUUAUUAAAGAAAUGUAUAGUCAUUCAGUAAAAGCACAAAUAAUAACCGGACAUCGAAUAGGAUCGGAUGUGAUUUUGCCUAAAAUAGAUUUGAUUUGCGAUGAUCCAAAUGUAUUGCCAUUCAAAUUCAAAAGGAGACAAAUCCCAAUAAAACUAGCGUUUGCUGUAACCAUUAACAAAGCACAAGGCCAAACCUUGGGAAAAGUAGGUGUUUAUCUUCCUGAGCCAGUUUUCACACACGGGCAACUCUAUGUAGCUCUAUCACGUGUUAAAAAUCCAGAAAAUUUGAAAAUCCAGCUACCUAACAAUCAUCCAAACGUUCUUUUCAGUAAUAUUACAAAGAACAUUGUGUACAAGGAGAUUUUGUAA